CCGCUGUUCGCGAGUCCAAACUCUCACUCCCUCUCUCUCUCUCACUCGAGGCCAGAAUGGAUACUCACUGGAAAACGCUCUGGGCUUUCAAGAACGAUCUGAUCAUUGUCCUGUCGCUCCUGUUGUUACUGCCGCUACCCUUGGUUAUUCCCACCCCGGAAGCCCGAUGCGGAUUCACGAUCAUAAUCAUGGCUUUGUACUGGUGCACAGAGGCACUGCCGCUCGCUGUCACUGCCUUGAUCCCUGUCCUCUUCUUCCCGAUGUUUGGAAUCAUGGAUUCCUCAGAGGUGUGUAAGCAGUAUCUGAAGGACACCAACAUGUUGCUGGUUGGAGGUCUGGUGGUGGCGAUCGCAGUGGAGUAUUGGAAUCUGCACAAGCGCAUCGCACUCAGGGUGCUACUGAUAGUCGGAGUCAGGCCGUCCCUGCUGAUGAUGGGGUUCAUGGGCACGACCGCCUUCCUCUCCAUGUGGAUCAGUAACACGGCAACCACCGCCAUGAUGGUGCCCAUCGCCCAGGCCGUGUUGGACCAGCUCAACAUGGCCAAGUCUGAACAGAUCGAGCUGGAAGACGUGUACACAAACCAGAUGGUGGUGGCGGCUAAGGAGACAAAAACUGGCGACUCUGUCACCAAGGUCCCCGAGAAACUCCAGACAAUAGAUGGCACGGAUGAAGACAGGGACACCACUGAGAAACCCAACGGACACGUCCAGCUGCCGGAGGACAUGGCCGAGGAAGACAGCAGAGCAGCGGAGAAGUUGCAGAGGCACCUGAAGCUGUCGAAGGGAAUGAACCUGUCUGUCUGCUAUGCAGCCAGUAUCGGGGGCACGGCCACUCUCACCGGGACCACCCCCAACCUCAUCAUGAAGGGCCAGAUUGACGAACUCUACCCAAACAAUGGAGAUGUGAUCAACUUUGCAACUUGGUUUGGGUUUUCCUUCCCCUGCAUGCUUAUCAUGUUGGUCCUGACAUGGAUUUGGCUGCAGAUAUUAUUCCUGGGACUUAACUUCAAGGAGAAUUUUGGCUGCCAGUCCACCAAAUCACAGAAGGAUAUCUCUGCAUACCAGGUGAUCAAGGAGGAGUUGGCAAAGCUGGGCCCGAUGACCUUUGCAGAGACUGCCGUGUUGAUCCUUUUCAUCCUGCUGGUUGUACUUUGGUUCACCCGUGACCCCGGCUUUGUUGAAGGGUGGGUCACUGUCAUCUUCGGCAAAACAGGCAAAGACUACAUCACUGACGCCACAGUGGUGAUCUUCAUCUCGGUCCUAUUGUUCAUCAUCCCAUCAGACAAGCCCCGGCUGCCCUGUUGGGAUAGAAACAGGAGCGAUGAGGAGCAGGCUGAAGCAGGUAACAGGCGGAGGUACGGUCCUGCUCCUCCCCUGCUUAACUGGCCAGUGGUCCAGCAGAAGAUGGCUUGGAAUGUGGUGCUGCUGUUGGGAGGGGGCUUUGCCCUGGCUGCCGGUAGCGAGGCGUCCGGCCUCUCCAAAUGGCUUGGAGGCCAGCUGGCGCCGCUGGAGGCCAUUCCGCCCUGGGCCAUCGUCAUCCUGCUGUGCCUGCUGAUCGCCACCUUCACCGAGUGUGCCAGUAACGUGGCGACCACCUCACUCUUCCUGCCCAUCCUGUCGUCGAUGGCCAGGAACAUUAACAUCAACCCACUCUACAUCAUGCUGCCCUGCACCCUCAGUGCGUCCUUCGCAUUCAUGUUGCCCGUGGCAACUCCACCAAACUCAAUUGUCUUCUCCUACGGUUACCUGAAGGUGUUCGACAUGGUGAAAGCUGGAUUCAUAGUCAAUCUGAUCGGCGUGCUGGUCGUCUCGCUGGGCGUGAACACUUGGGGGAUGCUGAUGUUCGACCUGGGUAAUAUGCCCAGCUGGGUAAACAGUACUGCCCAGCCCUGAGUCCGCGCCUCGAUCGAGCAGCCAGCGGGCAGUCCGCCACUCCACCGGUCCCCCUGCUGCCAUUGAUCCCGAGCAGCCACCGCGGAUUUCACCAAUUUUAGUCACGCAAGUGUCAAAUUAGUCUGGACAUUUUAUGCCUUUGCACAAAAACUUUGUGACUGCCAGCAUCCGCGGGACCUGGUCAGCUCACUGGGACCCCUGGACACCUUUACGCUGUCGUCAACUCUGUUUAUUCGCCUCACCUCGCCAUCGGCUGCAGCGGGAGCACCGUUUCCCCACGUCCAGCGGCGUCCGCUGUGUCAGUCACCUUUACCCGAGCACCGGCCGCGCUGGGUCUCGGCCAAAACAUCGACUCUUUAUUCCCCUCCACAGACGCUGCCCGACCGUCUGAGUCGCUCCAGCAUUUUGUGUGUGUUGCUCUGAAUUUCCAGCGUCUGCAAAAUCCCCUGUGUUUAUCACCCGGAUUCCAGCGGACUCCCAAACUUCUGCCGUAAUUCCGAGUGUUCAUUGGCACAUUUCCACAUGCGUUUAUCGAUGUGGGUGUGAGUAUGCGUGUACGGGCACAUUUACGCUUCUGAUACACAAGUGCAUGUACAAAUAAAUUACACACACUCACACC